AUGCCUGGAAUCAUUCUGCGAGACUUUGAAUUGAUGAAACGCAUCUUCAUCCAUGACUUCCAGUAUUUCACAGGACGACAGGCCGUUCCGCUGUUGCGACAGUGCGCCGAGGAUUGUUUCCGGGAAAUGGACAGCAAGCUCGCAGGCUCCGACGGCUGCAUCGAGGUGUACGAACCAUUCUUAAUUAUGGCCACCAACUUCGGUCUGCAGUUCUUCGCCGGCGCUCACACGGACACCCAGCGGGGCGACUCGGCUUUGCGGGCCCUGUGCAAAGCGGCACGCCGAAGCGUGAGCCAGUUCGGAGGCGACGUGCUUUUCUUUCUCAAUCUACUUCCUAACAAUCGAUUACUGCACAAAAUUAUCAUCGGCGUGCGAUCACUCUUCAUUCAGCUGCCCUCAGAUGAGACACUGGACAGGAUGCGUCCUAUCAUCAACUUCCGCAGAGAACACCCUGACGCCACUAAGGAAGACGUGCUCCAGUUGCUGUUAAAUUCCGAAGAAGAAGAACGGAAGAACAAAAGAAAAAUCGAAGGCAAGUGCUGA